AUUUUGGAACACUGGUCGCUGAGGAGAGGUGGUCACUUAUGAGAGGUGGUCGCAACUUGAGGUUCGACUGUAUUGUGUAUUUUCUUUACCCACAUAGACUUGAACGUUAAAAUCACUUAUAAAAAAAAUCACUAACUAGUAAGUCUUACAUGUAAGAGGUUGGUGGUUCUGGUGGAUGGCAUGCAGUGCUGACCACAUGAUGCUGACAUUUACUUAAGCUGGCAAAAAUUGUUGUUUACUGCUACAAAAUUUGGUUUCUUUAUUUUGUACAUUCUAUUCAUGUAACUAACUUUCCUUAUUAUGCAGGAAGAUAGUCAAAAUGCCUGUAGUGCAGAUGACAGAGCCUCUGGAGCCUGUUCAUUACAAGCAAUUUGUAAACAGGAUGUCCCAAGUGUUGUUUCAUCUGGUCUGAACUCAACAAAACGGGCUCCAUGCAUUUCACAAACUAAACUGAGUUCUACUAGUAAUGAUGUUAUUACUAACAGCAGUAAAGAUGAAAGUCAAGACUAUUCACAUUCUGAGAAACAAUCUGAGGAUGAUGAAGAGGUACUCAACCAUCGAGAGCGCCUAGUGACCGUGGAUAUCUUUGCAGACUGUAAAACUCAUAUUCAUUGUGUUCAGAGUGGAGAAGUCAACAUUUCACAGUCAGAAAAUGAUCACUUGGGAAACGUACAGAUGUCAAACGGAGUGUCCAAGGAAAGUGUUCGCCAACAGAAGAUACUGCAGUGUCCCCAGUGCAAUGAACUUUUUUCUUGUCCGCACAAAUUUACGUCACACCUUCGCAGCCAUCCAGAACUCGAUCCACUGAAGUGUCCAGUAUGUUCAAAGGAAUAUUCAUCGUCCGCUUCUCUAAGCACACACCUCAGGACUCACACUGGAGAGAAGCCAUUCGAAUGUUCACACUGCCAGAAAUGUUUCAGUCAAUCAAGUCACCUGACCACUCACAUGCGCGUGCAUACUGGGGAGAAGCCAUAUCAUUGCCCCAAGUGCCCCAAGACAUUUGGACAAUCGAGUCACCUGACCUUGCACCUGCGUAUUCACAACGGUGAAAAGCCAUUUCAAUGUCGCUUUUGCACUAAAGUGUUUUCGCAUUCGUCAGCUCUGAGCACGCAUAUGAGAACCCACACUGGUGAGAAGCCUUUCCAGUGUCCACAUUGUCCAAAGAAGUUUGGACAGUCAAGCCACCUUAAAAUUCAUGUACGGACACACACAGGAGAGAGACCUUUCCAGUGUCCACACUGUCAAAAGUGUUUUAGACAAUCUUGUUACUUAGCCAAGCAUGUGCGAGGACACUCUUCAAUUAAACAAGAUGAUAUUUCUUAAUACCUGUUACAUUAUAUUGCCAAUUGGUCCAUUUGUUAUCCUACAUAGUUUAAGAAACUUUUGUAAAAGACUUAACAGCUUUCUGUUUAGUUCAUUUUGGUACUAAUAAUCCCUUCAAUGCUCAUUAUAUCUAUAAAAGAUAUGAAUGUUAAUGUAGAUGUAGAUGUAGAAAAGUAGCUCUUAUCUUUGUGCUUGGCUUUCUCAUAAACAAAGUUUUCAUUCCUUAACAGUGUAAACGGAAUAGACAAGAAUACAAUAAAUACGAAAGGAAAAGUGUGUAAGUUUUUUUAGCCUACUUACAAGCUCUCCGUGAAGGCCUAACUCUCACAUGAAUUUAAAAUUACCGUUUGGCAACGUGGUAGCAUGUACGCGAAUGUUACAGACUCUAAAUACGGCAGAAUAGGGAAAGCUGUCUUUGCUAGGGUUCCCGGGUGUAAUUCGCGUCAAGUAAAUAAACAGAUUGGCAGAUCAGUCUUCUGUUCUUUUCUCUCCCCUUGUGUUUCUAGAGGCUGAUUACCUUCUCGCUACAAUCGCUGGAAUCACUGAAGAAAACGUUUAACGACUGUUGUGAUCAUAUGGAAACAACUCUUCAGCGACCAUAGCGAUAGCUAAGAUACGUUUCAGGGCCGGGUUGUUUAAAGCCUGGUUAAGGUAACCCAGGAUUAGCGAGAAUUUUGAUUGCAGUUUUGUACUUUUUCUUUGAGGUUUUCUGUUUGUAUUGUUUGUCCUUCAGUUCUUAGCUUCAGUAAUCUCUACGCAUAACAUAACAGGUGAAAAAAAUCCUUCUGGGAUUUCAGGAACUGGAUGCGAUCUAAGAGAGGGGAUUACUUUAGGGGUAGGAUCUAUAUAAAGAACUAUUUCUUACUCUUCCGCGUCCUCUAUUUUCUAUUGUGAUCGUGGCGAUUAUAUGGAAACCGGUUAGCGAGCUAACUUGUAAGCAUCGCCACAGGGGACCCGAACACUCUAUGAACAGAAAAAAUAAAUGUACUGUUAUUUA